AUACUGUGACAUACGGAACGGCGUCUGCUCCGUACUUAAGUAUGCGCUGUUUGCGUCAACUAGCACUAGACACGGAUGAUAAAAUUAUUGCCAGAGUAAUAAAUGAGGAUUUCUUCGUCGACGAUUUAAUAACAGGAGAAGACGACCCUCAAGUGUUGUUGAAUAUAUGCGAAAAAACGUCAGAGAUUUUAAAGUCUGCUUGCUUUCCGUUAAGAAAAUGGACAUUCAAUUAUGAUGUAAACAAAGAAGUAUUUAAGGAGUUAUCGAGCGGUGAACACUGUCAGAAUAAAACACUCGGUUUAGGAUGGCAAGUAGAUAAAGAUAUGCUUUAUUUUACCACCAACGUAGAAAAUACGUCAAAGGUCACUAAACGAACAAUGAUGUCUGUGAUAUCACAAAUCUAUGAUCCGUUAGGUCUUUUAGCGCCGACAAUUAUUAUAGCAAAAGUAUUGCUUCAGAAGUUAUGGCUUUGUAAAAUCGAUUGGGAUGAUGCGGUCCCAACCGAUAUUGAAUGUUUGUGGAACCGAUUUAUUCAAAACCUGUCGUCUUUACAGAACAUCCGGGUCCCUCGUUACGUCAUGAGUGAACAUGUACUUAAUUGCGAAUUACAUAUUUUCACUGAUGCGUCACAAAAUGCGUAUGGGGCUUGUGCGUACAUACGCACGUACUCGGAUCAAUCAUCGGUAUCAGUCAAAUUAUUAUGUGCAAAGAGCAAAGUGGCCCCCGUAAAAACAGUGUGUACUAUUCCGCGGCUUGAACUUUGUGGUGCUUUGCUCGGCGCGCGGCUAUAUCGUAAAAUUUUAAGUUCGUUAAGGCUUACGUUUACAAAAGUUUACUUUUGGACAGAUUCCACCAUAGUCAUGGGCUGGAUUAGAAUGCCUCCUCAUAAUUUAAAAACGUUUGUCCAAAAUCGAGUGUCUCAAAUAAACGAUCUUACGGGAGACGCGAUUUGGUUGCAUAUUAAAGGCACAGAUAAUCCUGCAGAUAUUGUGUCGAGGGGCCUCCACUUAAACGAACUCCAAGACAAUGACCUGUGGUGGCACGGGCCAGCCUUUUUACAGAGCCAUGACAUUGAAUGGUCAAAUAAUGUUGUCAUAGAUAAUGCAAAGUUGCCCGAAUUGAAGGUUCAACAUGCGAGUAUGGUGUGUAGUAAUCAGAAUAGUGAUUGCUUAGUAGAUUUUAAUAGAUUUUCUUCAUUCAAUCGGCUGCGUCGAAUGUCAGCCUAUGUACUCAGGUUCAUCGGUAACACACGUGUUAGUAAACAAGACCGAAAAACCGGUUCCUUAUCUGUUAUUGAGUUGGACGCUGCAACUAUUAUGUUAGCACGGCUUGCCCAACUGCAAUCGUUUAAUAGCGAAUAUAGCGAUUUAGAUAAGAAAUCGGUUGUAAAAUCUAAAAGAAUACUAGGUUUAAAUCCUUUUCUUGAUGAAUUUAAAUUAAUACGCGUUGGCGGAAGGUUGAGCAACUGUAAUUCUUUUGAUAACAAUAAGAAACAUCCCAUUCUGUUGUGUAGUAAACACAGACUGACUAUGUUGAUAUUUGCGCAUGAACAUAAACAGUUAUUGCAUUGUGGGCCUCAGCAACUCUUGGCUUCUGUGCGUGAGACUUGGUGGCCACUUGGUGGGAGAAACCUAGCUAGGAAAACUGUCCACGAUUGUGUCACUUGCACGCGACUUAAGGGAAAAAUUGUACAGCCUCUCAUGGGUAAUUUACCCGCUGAACGCCUGGAAGCUGGGUUCCCCUUUAUGCGUUGUGGGGUAGACUAUGCGGGUCCAGUGAUGAUAUUGAAUCGAAGAGGGAGGGGUGCAAGUCUCACUAAAAGUUACAUUUGCUUGUUUGUUUGUUUAUGUACCCGUUCCAUUCAUCUUGAACUAGUUACAAGUCUAUCAACGAAAGAUUAUAUACUUGCUUUGAAACGUUUUAUAUCCCGUAGGGGUAAACCAGCUGAAAUUAUGUCGGAUAACGCAACAAAUUUUGUAGGUGCUGAACGAGAAUUUGUUUCAUUCAUUGAAAGUAACAGUAGCGAUAUUGAUGAUUUUACUUCAAAUAACAACAUUAAAUUUAGUUUCAUUCCUCCGUAUGCUCCUCACUUUGGCGGUUUGUGGGAGGCAGGGGUGAAAUCGUGUAAGCACCACCUGCGACGCGUAAUCGGUUCAGCUAAUCUCACUUACGAGGAACUCAGUACGGUAUUGGCACAAAUUGAAGCCAUCCUCAAUUCCCGACCCUUAACCGCCCUGUCCACUGAUCCUAACGACCUCCAACCCCUCACACCAGCCCAUUUCCUUAUCGGCCGGCCAUUGACUGCUCCAGCCUGCAGAGAUCUGACUGAAAUAUCGAUUCAUCGGUUAAUGCGCUACGACGUUAUUGAGCAGAUGAGGCAAACGUUCUGGAAACGAUGGGCGAAGGAAUAUGUGGCGGAGUUGCAGACGCGCACUAAGUGGAAAACUCGUCAAGAUUCUCUUGCUAUCAAUCAACUGGCUUUGAUAAAAGACGACAACCUGCCGCCACUAAAAUGGAAGUUAGGGAGAAUCAUACGAAUGUAUCCUGGAACCGAUGGUAUCUCAAGGGUGGCCGACCUACUGACGUCAUCGGGCAUCACACGUAGGGCAUUCUCGAAAAUAUGCCCCCUGCCAGUAUCACCAUAGCAGACGAUGUGUCUGCUAAUUCGGAAUGCUGAAAAUGUUGGAACCGGCUGUUUCCAAGGCCGGGGCCAUGUUGCCGCCAUGUAAACGACGGCAUGUAAACCGGCGACGCGCUGCGCGCGCCGCUGAACUUUUGUCUGUCAUCAAUUUUGUCAUGGAAGAAAAUUUUUCUUUUCGUUUUUAUUUGUCUCAAUGAAUUGUAUACGAUUAUAUUAUAAUAAACGAUUAUAAUAAACGAAUAUAUGCGUAUCAAACA